GGAACAUACCCUACUUUUCAUAAAUUCGCUAUAUCAAAUAAAUCUAUCAACUCUGUCAUCCUCACCUGAGUAUAAUAUAUAUCUCUCUCUCGUCAUACCGAACUGCUGCAACAUGCCCGCCCAAGCUGCUCUCUUGAUUGGGGACAUCGACCAUGCACGUAAAGCAUGGGAGGAUUUAUCGUCAAUUUUGACGCUCAAGGAAUUUCCCAACGGCACACGCAGCGAGUUUCUCCAAAAUUGCAAGGAUGGGAAAUAUGACGACGUCGUCGCGAUCUACAGGUCGAAUACAUCUAAUAAGAUAACCGGUAACUUCAAUGAAGAGCUGAUCUCUGUUCUUCCAAAGUCGUUGAAGUACAUCUGUCAUAAUGGAGCUGGCUACGAUAACAUUGACGUGAUUGCUUGCUCGGAGAGAGGAAUCUCGGUGUCUAGCACACCUGUCGCCGUCAAUAAUGCUACUGCUGACGUGGGAAUUUUCUUAAUGAUCGGUGCAUUGAGACAGGCCUAUAUACCAUUGACUGCCAUUAGAGCGGGCACAUGGCAAGGGAAGGACACUCGACUAGGUCAUGACCCCCAGGGGAAGACCCUUGGAAUUCUUGGCAUGGGUGGUAUUGGAAGAGUAUGCAAUCCAAUCAGUAAUUGUGAAGGAGAAUUGAUACUGACGGAAACAACUCCAGGAAAUAGCUGUCCGUGCGAGAGCCUUUGGAAUGAAGAUCCAAUACCACAACCGUUCCCGCCUGUCCGCUGAAUUGGAGGGUGAUGCUAAAUAUGUAUCAUUUGACGACUUGCUCGCCAGCUCUGACGUACUCAGCCUAAACCUUUCCCUGAACGCAUCGACACGUCACAUAAUUGGUGAGCGCGAGUUUAAAAAGAUGAAGGAUGGGAUCGUGAUUGUCAACACAGCCCGUGGGGCGCUUAUCGAUGAAAAAGCGCUGGUCGACGCAUUGGAGUCCGGAAAGGUCCGUUCAGCAGGUCUUGAUGUCUAUGAGAAUGAGCCUGAGGUGGAGCCGGGCCUCCUUAAAAAUCCCCGAGUAAUGUUGUUGCCGCAUAUUGGAACCAUGACGUUUGAGACGCAAAAGGAUAUGGAAAUUCUGGUGUUGGAUAACUUGCGCUCCGCCGUUGAGAAGGGGGAACUACUCACGCAGGUGCCGGAGCAGAAGAAAGCGAAGAACAGCAGCAAUUUGUAGAUCUCAGAUAUAGGGUAUUGAGAGCCAUCGUUGUACCUAUUCCAUUAUCAUAGACGAACUUAGACAUCAGAAUAUUCAUCGCAACGGCCAGUCCUGAAUGCGCGAAACAUGGAAGUGUU